AUGACACCACUGCCGUGGCUUGGUCUCCUCGCGACGGCUCUGGCUCAGAAGCCAGGGACCCAAGUCGUCGAGUCCCAUCCGGAGCUGCCCCUGUGGACCUGCGAUGCCUCGGGCUGUGUCAAGGAAAUGAAGACAGCCGUUCUGGAUGCCAACUGGCGAUGGCUCCACAAUGGCCAGUACAAGAACUGUUACAAGGAUGGUGACUGGGACAAGGACUUGUGUCCAGAUCCUGAGACCUGUGCAAGCAACUGUUAUCUUGAGGGCAUCUCCGAGGACCAAUACGGGAAAGCCUACGGAGUCACACAGAUCGACGAAGGCAUGAAAUUAAACUUCGUUACGAAGACCCGGUAUGGCUCUAAUUUCGGGAGCCGUAUCUACAUGCUCGAUGAUUCCGACAGCUACAAGAUCUUCAAGCUGAAGAACAGAGAAUUCUCACUGACAGUGGAUAUGUUCUACAUGCCCUGCGGUCUGAAUGGGGCUGUUUACUUCGUUGAAAUGGACCGUGAUGGUGGUGUUUCACGCAGCGGCGGCUCGAAUCGUGCCGGAGCCAAGUAUGGGACUGGCUAUUGCGAUGCACAGUGCCCUCAUGACAUCAAGUUCAUGAAUGGCCGGGCAAACGUACUUAACUGGAACGCCAGCCACGACCCGCCCAUUGGGCAAUGGGGCAGCUGUUGCCAAGAGAUGGACAUCUGGGAGGCUAACAGCCGGGCCACUGCUUACACUCCGCACCCAUGUUCCAUUGAAGGUCAGUAUGUCUGCGAUGGUCUUGACUGUGGUGACACCAGUAAAGGCCAGAGAUACGAUGGUGUUUGCGACAAGGAUGGCUGUGACUUCAACUCCUGGCGUCUCGGAGUGCGGAACUUCUACGGUCGAGGUCACACCUUUGACAUCAACUCACGCAAGCCGGUCACUGUGGUGACUCAGUUUAUCACAGAAGGAAAUGCGGACGAUGGAGCCCUGGUUGACAUCCGACGAUUCUACGUGCAGGACGGGCAGGUCAUCCCGAACUCGAACGUAUCUCUCGCUGGCUUAUCUGGCAACUCCAUUUCAGAUAAACUCUGUGCAAAGAUGAAAAAGGCUUUUGGCGACAUCGACGACUUCAACCGUAAAGGGGGCCUGAAGACAAUGGGGGAUGCUUUGGAUCGAGGCAUGGUGCUUGUUCUUUCUCUCUGGGAUGAUUCCGAGGCGAACAUGUUGUGGCUGGACUCUGAUUAUCCUUUGGACAGGAAGUCCUCUGCUCCAGGAGUAAGCCGCGGUCCUUGUCGAACGGACACGGGCAGUCCGGCAUAUGUGCGUGAAAAGUAUCCGACAGCCCGAGUUGCUUUCACCAACAUCAAGUUCGGUGCUAUCGGCACGACGUUCGGGCAUGAAGGGGAUGAGGAUGGCUUGUGGGGUGACGACAGGCGGCUUCGCAGUUGGCCUGGAGAUGUGCAUGUUUAA